AUGUCGUUGGUGCUGAAUCAAGAAAGUACUGAGCCGUUGGGGAUGUCGAUAUUCGCUCAAACAAUUUUGAAGAUUGCAAUGGAGGAGGGGGAUUUUAUUAGUGAGCAGACGAUGAAAGAGUUGGAAGAGAUGGUUCAGCCGGCGUUGUUGCCGGGGAAAUACUCUGCUGCAUCACCUGGAAGAGUUGAGAUCACACAAGAACAACUCGAGUCUGUCAAAACUGUGUGUGAUGUUGUCAAGGGGCUGGUUGAUGCGGGUAGUUUCAUAUCCGAAAAACUUGGAAAGUACCUGGGACCAAUUGGAACAGUGGCCGGUGUUGUCAAGGAUAUCAUCGACUUUUUCAAGGAGGAAGAGGAGGAUCCUGUGAUGAAAGAGUUGGGAGAGUUGAAGAAACAAUUGACUGCGCUCUCUCAAAAAAUGACAGCCCAAUUCGACGACCUGAAAUCGUUCAUCGUUGAGCAAAACUUCUAUGAUAGAUACACUACCGUGAUGUCUACACUGUUCAUGUACAUGCUGGACACGAUGAACGAGCGAUCGAAAAAGUCGGUGACUCUAUUCGCGGAGGUCUAUAAUGAGAGCAAACCGCAGAAGUUGGUUUAUGAAAUGUUAUCAAAACUGGAACAGGAGUCGACAAACCCUUUGAAGUGGGCUAUGAAAGGUGACAACCUGCAGAGCAAGGCGACGUUCAAAAAGUGGAAGGGAAUUCUGGAGGGUGUGCUCACGGAGGCGCUAUUCCUAGAAGUUUAUGCUUCGGGUCUUCUUCCGGAUGUAGACUCCUAUGGUGUUAACAAGAUACUCGAGAAAAUCGCGCGGUACCAAGAACUUUGCAAGGAAUGGGACGCUUAUUACUUGACAACACCCAACUACUGGCCAGCGGGUGUUGAGAAACUUGUGAACGACGUUCAGGAGAACAAGUCUCUGGAUAGCAAGGAUGAUAAAGUUGACGCGGUUUGGAAGGGUAUCGAAUCGAUUCAUACGAACUCCAAGUUCUUCGCGAUCUGCCUCCCCAAUGCUCAUAUCUGGAGAUACUACAAACAAUUCGACUCCCAAGCGAUCGUUUCCGAUCGCGAAGGAUUUGUCAUCAUUGUCUAUCGAUCAACGGGGAAACCCGUCCGUGACAGAGAAUGGCUCAAAAACUAUAUGAGUACGGAGAUGAAGCUGACACGAGAGGUCGAAGGUUGGCAGUGGAAUCACUGGUCAAUAGUGAGAACUCACUUGCAGCAGAAUAAGGUUGAUAAGAACGGGAAGUUUUUUGGCACGUUCUAUUUGGUUGUGGCGCAGAAGAAAGACUUCAUUGCGGUCAGAUAUUCGGAUAUUGAUGGCUGGGAGUAUGGACCAGGAUUCUUUACAUUCGAUUCGCAGUUGUUGGCUCAUGAUGGGUUGACCAGAUCCUUCUUCCCAAUGUUUUAUCUUUUGGGCGACUAA